GACCUGGACCACAACGCCUUCACCCGCCUGCCCGCAGGCGCCUUCCAGCUCCUGCCCAACCUCAUCUCCCUCCACCUGCAGCACAACGCCAUUGGGGAGCUGGUGGAGGGUGACCUGGCCGGGGCAGGGGGACUGCGCUGGCUCUACCUUACAGGGAACGCCAUCAAGCACAUCGCUCCCGCCGCCCUGGCUCCCACCACGAUGCUGGAGAAGCUGCAUCUAGAGGGAAACCAGCUGGCAGAGGUGCCCACGGCCACCCUGCGGGGCCUGCCUGCCCUGAGUGAGCUGAAGCUGUCCCGAAACCCCAUCAAGCACAUGGGGGACGGUGCCUUCCUGCCCGUGGCAUCCAGCCUGCAGCACCUCUACCUGGACAACAUGGGCCUGCAGCAGAUUUCCCCUGGUGCCUUCACUGGCCUCGGUCCCAAGAUCCGAAGCCUCCACCUGGAGAGCAACAAGAUGAGCAACAUCCCCAACAUGAGCAACUUCACAGGGCUGGAGAUCCUCAACCUGCGGGACGUGCCUUUCCACUGCGACUGCCAGCUCCUACCCCUGCGCAGGUGGAUCGACAGACUCAACCUCCGUGUAGGGGCCACCUGUGGGUCCCCUACAGAAGCCCGAGGGCUGAAGGUGAAGCUUUCCCCCACCUUCCAAACCUGCCCUGGCUGGGGCCAAGAUGAGGCUGGGGGAGACAAGGCCAAGGCUGCAAGCAAGCCCAGCAAGAAAAAGAGAUCGGGAAAAUCACCAGCCAGAGGCUUCAAGAAGAGCAGAGCUUAG